AUGACCUGGCACCUCCGCCUAGGCCACCCAGGACCCAGGGUAUUAGAACACCUGGUCAAUCACUCCCUGGGCGCACGCAUCAAAGGCAUUACCACCGUCCAAUGCGACGGGUGUGGGCAAGGCAAGGCUAAACGCCAGAUUAGUCGUGCAACAAGGACUACAGAGAUGGAACCUGGAGACCGGUUGGCACUGGAUUUCCACGAGUUCUCCCCUCCCAACAAAGGAUUACGAUACUUGCUACUGAUCACUGACCGUGCCUCAGGUAUGUGUUGGGACUACUACCUUGCAAGACGUGAGGCGAGGCAAGUCCUUGCGGCCCUGAAGCACCUGUUCCAGCUACUAGAAACGCAGUUCAAUAUCAAGCCCAAGAUCGUGGAAUGCGACAACGAAUUCGCGAACGCCACGAUCCUUGUGGACUUCUGCAACCUCAAGGGCACAAAAAUUGAGCCCUCUGCGCCCGACACUCCUGCGCAAAACGGUGGCGGAGAGCGUGCCGGCGGAGUGAUCAAGGAAAAGGCCAGAGCCAUGCGCAUCGGCGCCAACCUCCCUGAAGAGCUGUGGAAUGAGACCACAAAGGCCGCAGUCUACCUGUAUAACAGGUCACCCAAGUAUAUCCUCGAUUGGAAGUCACCGUACGAGCGGUUCCACGAAGGUCUGGCAGGCAAGGACAACGACAGCCCGACCAGAAUACAACGACCGAAUCAGAGCCACCUCAAGGUCUAUGGGUGCAAGGCAUUCGCGCUGACGCGUGGCUCUCUCAAAGGCACUGAAAGGACCAGGAAGCUGGCUCCCCGUGCAUGGAUCGGAUACCUCGUUGGCUACGAUUCCUCGAACAUCUUCCGUAUCUGGAAUCCUGUCACUAAUCAGGUCGUUCGCACACGCGAUGUUGUCUUCAACGAGGAGCAGGUGUUCUCAGGAUCAAUUGACAUGAUCAAGAACGACCUUGCACAAGUCGACCUCGAACAACUGAAAGAAUGGCUCAACGCCAACACGACCGAGGACAAGAGCAUCGCAGAGGAGGAAGAAGAGGAAGAUAGCGAGGCACAAAGCACAGGCGCCACUGUGGUAUCAACAACCGCAGCCUUCGAAGAUGAGGGGGUGACAGAGGUGAUCGACGAAGAGGAGGAAGAAAUACUGGACAGUAUCACCGUCAAAGGCGACCAUACAUCCACCUUCGAAGACUUCUACCCGACACCACCACAAACGCCGCCCCCAGGCGACCUGCUUGCCGCAGCUUUCCACGGCAUGAGAAUCUCCAAGUACACUAGCCCACCAGUACGACGUCGCCGUAGAGUUGAGCCGUGGCACGCAGUUUUCCACGCAGGCACACAAUCGUCGCCCACAGUAGUGGAGAGCACCCAGGCCACCAGGGCCGAGGUCGCCCGAAGGCAACGAAAGCCACCACGCCAGAGCGCGGGCUCCGCAACCAUCACCAUAGCUGAGAUCAACGUGGCCAGGGCACAGCCAGGCAGUAUCAACAACCUCCAUCAAUCUCAGCUUCCGGCCCCACCAAAACGGCAUCAUGACCUCGUCGAGCCGCACUUCCCAGUCAUCAACCCACGAAAAGGGAAGCCACGACACCAGCGGCACCCACUGGCCGACCUAUUCCUCCAGGCCGAACGAGACCACCUGCAAAGCCAUGAGAAAACAGGGUCCUGGGAGGAAGUGUCGCGCCACAGCGACCAAAUACAGGGCAAUCAAAUCCUCGAUUGCAUGUGGGUUUACACCUACAAAUUCAACACUCGCGGCUUCCUGGCCAAAUGCAAGGCGAGGUUAGUUGUCCGUGGGGACCAACAGAGGGUCAAUCAUGCCGAGGAGAACUACGCGGCCACUCUCGCAGUGCGGUCCUUCCGGGCAGUCCUGGCCCUAGCCGCCCGCUUCGACUUGGAACUCAAGCAAUUCGAUGCAGUCAACGCUUUCGUCAAUGCCAAAAUAGACGAGGAUGUCUAUAUGGAGAUGCCCACAGGCUACCGGAGGCCAAGCAGGGUCCUCAAGCUCAAGAAGGCACUUUAUGGGCUCAGGAAGUCUCCCCUCCUCUGGCAAGAGGAAUUGACAGCUACGUUGACCAAACUCGGCUUCAAGGCUCUACCCCACGAGCCCUGUUUGAUGAUACGGAAAGGAUGCCUCAUCUUCUUCUACGUGGACGACAUCGUCGUCGCGUAUCGCAAAAACGACAGCCAUAUCGCCAACGCAGCGAUCAGUGGGCUAAAGGCCAAAUACGAGCUCACUGGUGGCGAGGACCUUCGCUGGUUCCUAGGCAUUGAAAUUCACCGCGACCGCGCGAGACGCUAUAUCUGGCUGUCCCAGACGGCUUACAUCGACAAGAUCGCCGAGUUGGCGCAGUCUGACGACCUCCCCCGCACACCAAUGGGCCUGCGAGAGCUUCAGCCAUACGAAGGGAUCGCGACGAGGCAAUCAACCCGCCUGUACCAGCGAAAGGUCGGUUCCAUCCUUUAUACCGCGGUCAUCACCCGCCCCGAUGUGGCCUUCGCAGUCGCCCGGUUGGCCAGGUUCAAUCAAAACCCUGGACCAGAACAUCACCGCGCGGCGGACCAGGUCCUGCGAUACCUGCAUGUAACAAGGUCUCUGGCUCUGAGGCUAGGCGGCGGCGACUACCUCCGAGUGGCCAGCGAUGCCUCUUUUGCCGACAACUCCAUCGACCGAAAAAGCUCACAGGGCUACGCAAUUACCUUGUUCGGAGGUCUCAUCGCCUGGCGCGCCAGCAAGCAAGACACAACCAUCUCCCUUGUGACGAAAGAAAUCGCCGUCCUCCAAACGAAGCUCCGGCACGUGGACAUCCACAACCACUGGCUCCGACAAGAAUAUCAACGCGGGAAGAUCCACGUAAAAUACGUGCCUUCCAAGAAAAUGGUGGCCGACGGCCUGACCAAGGCGCUCAACGCAGACAACCACCAGGAGUUCGUCAGGAUGCUGAAUUUGGAGGACAUCCAGUUACUCACUUGA